AUGUUUGUUUCCAGUGUGGAAGUUGAUUGCUCAUCUGGAGACUCGGAUAACCUUAUGGAAGUUGGCUCCCAAAAACGGUUAAGAUCUGGAUCCUAUGGUGCUUCUUUCUCUAAAGCAUGCUGGGAGAAAUUGCAGAGGAAUAGGCUCAAUGAGAGGUUCUUGGAAUUAGUUUCUGUCCUGGAUCCUGGAAGGCUUCCCGAAACAGACAAGGGUGCUAUAUUGACUGAUGCCGUUUGCCAGUUACAAAGUGAAUCCAAGAAGCUGAAAGAGACCAUUGAGUCUUUGCAAGCAAAUAUUAAAGAACUGAAGGCUGAGAAGAGUGAACUUCGAGAUGGGAAGCGGAGGCAAAGGGUAGAAAGAGAGAAGUUGGAGCAGCAAGUCAUAGCCAUGAGUACACAAAAUGGCAUUCUACCUCAUUCUCCUGCUAUCUCUACUGCAUUCGCAGUUUGAGCGCAAGCUUCUGGAAACAAGCUGAUGCCUUUCAUAAGUCACCCUGGUGUUCCCAUGCGGCAAUUCAUGUCCCAUGAUGUAGUUGACCUAGCACAGGAUCAUAUCAUUUGCCCUCCUACGGCGUAAGCGUAGAGUGCAGGGCAUCCAUAAUUUGUCCACUGUCACGUCUCGAACAAAAAUGUUCAUUUGUUCUAAAUAUCUAUCUUUGUUUUCAACUACAGUUAAUGGUGUAUUUCUAUUUUCCAGCAAUCUCGAAUGUUUCAAUUAAUCGAUCGUCGGUCCAUGACAAAUAUUAUUUAGCACUCUUUUUGUAUAUUGAUGAUCUCUUGAAUCAAACAGUUUAU